AUGGCCUCUACCGAGGAGGGCGCAGACGCCAUGGACAUUGAGGUGUCGCCCAAAAACAGGACCUCGGUCGAACACGAUAUACACCAGUCGCUCGGCUCCAUCAGCAACUCCGUCGAGUCACUCGAGAUGCGCGCCGAUCCAGACGCGCAAGCUACCGUCACCGACUUCCUCGACUUUACCGAAUACCUUCCUUCCGAUAUGACGCGAUCAUUGACCCUGAUCGGCAAGCUCGACCAAACAUACACCGAGGCGUCAAUCAACGUCCACAACCUCACCUCGACCUGGGGAAAGCUACCCAGCAUUCCCGCUGAGGAGCGCCCAUCUCCUGUACAGUUGCGCGCCGAUAUUUCCGACAGCCUCAACCAUGCAGUCAGCUCCCGGGUUUACGCGCAUGCCGAGGCAGUUCGCAUGUCCGAGAACGUCAACCGUCACUAUAAUCGCGCAAACACGAUACUGGCCAAGUUGAAGAACCUGCUGGAAAACUAUCCGGCAGAGGAACAAAAAAGCCCCGUGGCGACCUCCAAAUCUCAGCUUGUCAGAGCGCCACGGGUGAUGCGAAAUGGAGAUGGCGAGAAGGUGCGCAGGCCACGGAUACCCAGGAUUACUGUGCCCGGCGAAGUACUACCGCCAUAUGACCAGUUUAUGGCGUACUCGGACGACAGUGAUGAGAGCUCUGAAGAGGAAGAUGACGAUUCUUUGGGACGGACGCCAGCUCGCACAACACCAGCACCGCGCAUCAAAGUUGUCAAGACCCCCAAGGCGAGGCCACCAAAGACCCCAAAGGCUGCUUCCUCGGCGCGGCCUCCCAAAUCUGCUGCGGGCCAGGCUGCUGCGGCAACUCCUGCUGUUGUGCUGCAACCUCCGCCAGAGAACGCCGUGAUAGGAAGCGCGGAUGCCCCCUGGUUGCAAUUGACGCCAUGGGAACUUGCGAGGCUUAGAAAGCGGAUGAAGAAGAAUGCAACAUGGAGUCCUAGUGAUACCAUGAUUUUGCGAGAACUCAAGACGCUCGGCCGUGGCAUUGAUGCCUACAAGGAGGCAAAGAAGAAGGCCGAGGACGAGGGCAGAGUUUUUGACCAGGUGCCUGCGGCUCUGGCCCCUGAUGCUGAAGCUGGUAACAAACCAAUUCCGGAAGGUGCCAUUAGUGCCGCUGCGCUUGCGUCCGAUGAUAUUCAGCUGAGCAAUCGGGGCAUGAAGCUCAACGAGGCCAAGAAGCUUAAGCGAGAGUCACUGGCAAAACAGGCUGCAGAAGAGGCGGAAGAAUCAGCCAGACAGUUUAGGGAAGCUGCAAGACUUUUGAUGUCUCAUGAAGCAUCGUCAUCAUCGGCUGCGAACAACACAAACACCACCACCACCACCACCAACAACAACAACAAUACUACCACGCCCUCUACGGCAAAUAAUACUACAACCAACACAACUGCAGACCAGCCGAAAGGCGUAAGCAAAGCGAAGACUCCAGCGAAGCCAAAACCCAACGGCAACAAGCGGAAGAGAGAUUCUAUCCCAGAGGCCGAGGCCGAGAAGCCUGAGCAACCGCCAGUUGAGACACCAGCGCCUCGUCCCGCUCCAAAGCGCACCAAGACGGAGACUCCAGUGCCGCUUCCUCAUCUAAGAGCCAGUCUCGCUGCGCAACCUCUAACAGAGUCUACAAUACCACCUCCUGUUCUUACACCAGGCGGUACUGCGGUAACUCCCAAGAUGACAACCCCAGUGCCGAUUCCUGUUCCCGGACAAGAUGGCUCGACGACCACAGGCACUGGCCCUGCGGCUGCGAAGCCAGCGAACACAUCCGCGCCGGCCUCUUCGCCGACUGGUUCGGUUGGGCCCCCGGCGUCAGUCGCAAGCAAUGCCCCGGCAAGUAUACUGACCAAGCUACCCGCGGAGACGCCAAUACCGCCACCCAUCUUGUCCCCCAAGAAGUCCACCACGCCCAUUCUUCCUCCGGUGCGUGACUCUGCAGCUCGAAGGGAAACAAGGGGCGAGAUGGCAAAGAAGAAUCAGCAGCAACUCGACAACCCCACACCAGUGCCGGCGCCACAGGUUCCGCAGGCACAGCGCUCGUCAUCUGCAGCGCCUUCGAUCAAACAAUCAAGCUCGCGUGCGGCGACACCAGGCACCACACCGGUGCCCGACGGCCAAGGGAGACGUCCCAGCUCGCGAGGAAAAGCUAUGAGUCAAGAGCCACAGCCUUCGCUAGCAACUGACCGACCCCGUCGCGCUAGUACCGCGCGGAAUACGCCAGCUCCCGAGCAGCGACAGCAGAGCAAGAGGACUAGAAAGCCUGUGCCUGGUAUCGUCAGCAAGACCAACGCUGGAGGCAGCAGUGCCGUGGGUAAGCGAAAAGCGGCUCCCAAGAAGAAACGCGCUCAGAAAAAGGAAAAGGGCCAGCCGAUCGAGAUCGAGUUGGAAGAAGACGACGAGGGUAACCCAAUCGACCCGAAAGAGCCACGGUACUGCGACUGCAACAGAGUCAGCUUUGGCGAAAUGAUUGCGUGCGACAAUGAAAAUUGCGAUAAGGAAUGGUUCCAUCUAGAGUGCAUGGGUAUGACCCAUAUUCCUGCGCGGACGACAAAGUGGUACUGCCCCGAUUGUCGCCUUCGUCUGAACAUUGGGGAGAAGGGCGAGAUUAAUGCUAGGGGGGUAAAGAAAUCCUUGGCACAAUGGGCCACUGAUCACUUGAAGAAACAUAAACGACCACUUCGUAUCGCUGUAGAUGCAGCCCAUUGGCAGUUCAAGAAUGUCUCUGACGCCCAGGAAGCUGCUAUUCAACAACGUUCCCACCCAAAGGAGAAGGCCAUCCUCGAACGUCUGCUGCCGUUGAUGCGGCUCGGUAUCCAUGUGGUAUUUGUCUUCGACGGCGAAAAGCGCCCACAAAUCAAGCGGGGCUCCAAACGGUACGGUCAACGAGAGUCAACCACCGCCCUCAUAAAGAACACGCUUGGUCACAUUCUCGUACCUUGGCUCCAGGCACCAGGCGAAGCUGAAGCUGAAUGCGCUUUACUCCAGCAACAAGGUCUCGUCGAUGCAGUCUGGUCUGAGGACGGCGAUUGCUUCAUGUUCGGCUCCACUGUUGUCAUUAGAGACCUGCGGGAUACCAAGAACCACAAGUCCAAGGAGCAUGCGCGAAUCUUCGACAUGAGAGACAUCCGUCGCUUGAAGGCUGGCCUUUACAAUGAUAAAAGUGUCGCCUGUUUCGCUAUGCUCACUGGCUCCGACUACGCCCCCUCCGGACUCUUAGGCUGCAGGACAUGUCUCGCUCAAGAGCUUGUCAAAGACGGCGGCCUUGUCGAGAGCUUCUAUCGUAUCCAGUCGCUUCCUCAAAGGAAUCAAUGGCGAACGCGCUUGAGGGAUUCUAUUGAGAAAAUCACCAGCCUGACAGACCUGCACUUCAACAAGGACAAGUCCAAUAUCAUGACUUUCCCUGAUCUUGAGGCCCUCAAGAAUUGUCGUUCGCCCGCAGUGUCCACCUCAGACACACUCAAAAGGCUCCCUUUCCUGCAGGGCGAGUGGUAUGGCACCCACACCACGAACAGCCUGGCAACCACGAUUCCUUGGAUGCAGCAGUACUACUUUUCGAGAAUGACCACUAUUUGGUGGAUCAGGCAGUUUACACCCAUGGUAUUGAACCAGAGGCUUCUCAAAGGCGAAGUUCAAGCUCUCGACCUCGUCGCCAAGGUUGCACAAAAACGUAAGGAGCGCCCAACGAGUUCCAUCGAACUGGAUCCCUGUAAUGUGUUCCCCGGUAUCGAGAAUGUCUUCAUCGAAUCCGAGGGAAAUCUUCUAGUGAACAGAUUGCGAAGCGACCGCGAAUUGGCGGGCAGUCCGAUCGAGAAUGGGAAAUUUGACAUGCUGGACGCAAUUCUAGGGCUUGGGAUGUCCGACAAAACAUACCAGAAGUGGAGGAAGAAAAAGAGCUACGGGCGGACAUGUGGAGCUCUGUCGCGGCGAGGAAGCACUGGAUCACGAGUGCGAUCGGCUCCGCUACCGAGAAGGGUGUGCACGUCAUGCUCAAGGGGGGGGUUCGGAGGAAGGGGUUGGAUGGUGCUGAGAACGUCUUCAGCUGGGCGGGUAGCGCAGACUGGGUGA